AUGAAGAAGACUCAAAAAGCGUUGUAUAGUACUUACUAUAAGGAUGCUACAGAGAUAGAUUAUCCACCCAGAAUUUGUGAAGGUCCUGGUGAAGAAGCUGCUGAUAAUCAGUCUAGUGGGAAGAAGCAAGAGAAUUCCAGGACAAAGGCAAAUGCGGGACAUUGUUCCAUGAUGGAAAUCAAUGUUGGAGACUUUCUAGUCUUCAAUUUUGUUGGUGAUAGAACCUUUGAUGUGGUGAUAUAUGAGCCAAGUGGCUGUGUUAAGGACAAAGUAGCCUCUAACCCUAACAGGAACCCUACUAGCUCCCGACAAACCAGUGUUAGUAUUGCAAGAAACCAAGAAAAGCCCACCAAAAAACAUGAUCAAGCUGGAUCAUCUCAUUUGUCUGUGAAAAGUUCUGAAUCUCCUGAUAAUGAUGGAAGAAUCGAUGCGAAUGCUGAAGAGAUUGGCGGAAUUGGUGAGAGAGAAAGAGUGGCUGAAGCAAUUCGUUCUGUCACACCAAAUCAUCCUAUUUUUGUACAAGUUUUGAAGGACUAUCAAAAGUACAGCAUGUUUGUACCAAGGGAUAUUGUUAGAGAAACAGGAUUGGCCAAGAAGAAAGUUGUGGUGAUUAAGGCCCAACGGGAAGGAAAUGGGAAGUAG